CCAUUCAGGCUCUGCGCGACCUAUCGUCCUGCUCGGCAGAUCGAAAAUAGGAGGGCUUUAUACUAAUCAGCACUUCAGUCUUGCGCGAGCAAAAGUGCUGGGUCGUCGUGCAAGCCUCUGUUAGAAGCGCAAGAGGCAAGGGGGCAGCAUACGCGCGUGAUCAAUGCAUUCGCCAAAUACAAUAAGAGCGUGCGGAGAAGAGGACAGGGAACGAGAGUAGAUAUACAUUUUCUUUUUAGCAAAGAGUUUUAACACAUCAUCCGAAUGACAAUGGGGGAAUGGACGAUACUAGAGCGGCUGUUAGAGGCUGCUGUCCAGCAGCACUCUACUAUGAUCGGAAGGAUCCUACUAACAGUGGUAGUGAUCUUCCGGAUUCUAAUAGUUGCUAUAGUGGGAGAGACGGUGUACGACGACGAGCAGUCCAUGUUCGUGUGUAACACGCUACAGCCAGGCUGCAAUCAGGCUUGCUACGACAAAGCAUUCCCAAUAUCCCACAUCAGAUACUGGGUAUUCCAGAUCAUCAUGGUGUGCACCCCCAGUCUCUGUUUUAUCACCUACUCCGUGCACCAGUCGGCAAAGCAGAAGGAGCGGAGGUUCUCCACUGUUUACCUUUCUCUGGACAAGGACCAGGAUUCUAUGAAAAGAGACGACAGUAAAAAGAUCAAGAACACAAUUGUGAACGGAGUAUUACAGAACACGGAGAACUCAACAAAAGAAUCCGAGACGGAUUGUCUUGAAGUGAAGGAGAUGCCUAGUUCAGUCAUGAGAACUACCAAGUCCAAAAUGAGACGUCAAGAAGGCAUCUCAAGAUUCUACAUCAUCCAGGUCGUUUUUCGAAACGCUCUAGAGAUAGGGUUUUUAGUGGGUCAAUACUUCCUCUACGGAUUCAAUGUCCCUGCCGUGUAUGAAUGUGAUCGAUACCCCUGCAUCAAAGAUGUUGAGUGCUACGUUUCAAGACCAACGGAGAAGACCGUGUUUCUGGUCUUCAUGUUCGCCGUCAGUGGGAUAUGUGUGGUCCUGAACCUCGCAGAACUCAACCACCUUGGCUGGAGGAAAAUCAAAACAGCUGUGAGGGGUGUACAGGCUAGGAGAAAGUCAAUUUACGAGAUCAGAAACAAAGACUUGCCGCGAAUGAGCAUGCCCAAUUUCGGUCGCACUCAGUCGAGUGACUCCGCCUAUGUGUAGCGCCUAUCAGGCUGCUGGGGGUCAACAUGGUGGAUAACAGCUGUAUUGAGACAAAACAGAAAUAAUGAUGUGUUGGAUAGUUCAUCUCACCAAUUUCCUCUGAAGUAGGUGGGGUAGAUCAAUUUAAUUUGUCUUGUACAGACAAUUUAAAAAACAAACGGACCAAACGUUUGUUUGUCAUAUUUAUGAAAAAAAAGG